CUUCAAAUACUGGAAGAAUACGUGUUUCUUCUAGAAUUUCUGCAAUAAAACAACCACCUGUUCUCGUAAAAAUUUUUCAACAAUUCAAUUACCAUAAUCAUCCGUUUCUCAAUAAAAAUGCUUCAAAUUUAUUACUACAGCAAACGGUUUCUCAUAAAAAUUCUUUUGAUUCAUCAUUGCAGCCAUCUGUUUCUCAUAAAAAUUCUUCAGAUUCAUCAUUACAGCUACCUGUUUCUUAUAAAAUUCUUCAACAACUCUAUCACUGCAGCUAUCAACAAUUAAAGAUUUGUUUAAGGACUGAUUCUCUUCGAAAUUAUGAAAAGAGAAAUAUGGAAAUCAUAUCUUAUUCUAAUCUGAACGUAUAUCAAUAUGAACAGAAUUGUGAUUACAAUAUUAAUAUAGAAGACAAUAAUGAUAAAUAUUCUUUGAAUUUAUAUGUACAACUUCAAUCUAGAAAUGAGAAUAAUGAUUUUGACAGUUCUAAAAAUAAAAUUGAAUACAAUAAGCAACAAUACAUCUUACAGGAUCAUUUAGUUUCUAAUACAAAGACUUUAAGAAAAUGCAAUUGA